AUGUCCGCUUUUAAAAUAAACGGAAUUAUAAAUAGCAGAUCUUGGGGACCGGAUACAAAAAAUGAGGAAUUAGUAAAUUGUUGUAUGUCAGAAAUAAAAAAAUAUCAAUUUGAGCCAUCUAUGAAAUUUGAAAGAAUAGGAAAAAUAUGUGAUUUUACAAGUAGUAAUUAUCAGAAAAAUGUGAAAGAUAUAAAUAAAAAUACAAAUGAUGCAAAUACAUUUGAUGAAGAAUUGCAAUUUCAAACUGUUGAUUUACGUGCAGGACAAAAACAAAAAGGAAAUUUGUAUAACAAAAAAAAAAUUCAUAAUAAACAAACAACUCAAGCAUUUACUCAAAAACAACAGGAUGAAGAUAAUUUAUAUAGUAGUAGAAUAAAAACAGCUGAACAGAAAAAACAAAAAUUAUUACAACAAGCAAAAACAGCUAGAAUUAAUGCAAGACAUAGAAUUUUCACAGAAUGGAGUAUUGAACCAACUCCAUUAUGGACAGUAGAAUGCGAAAUAUUAUUUAACGAAUUACCAAAAAAAUUAAUAAAGCUAGAUAAUUUUAAAAUUGAAGAUAUAUUUUUUAAAGGAAAAACAUUAUAUUAUGAUAAAAAAGUUGAAAAUAUAAAUGUAAAAAAUCCACCCACUUUAAUACAUUUAAAUAAAGAUAUAGAUUACUUAGCAUCAAAAACAAAAGAUGAUAAAUCUUUGAUGGAUAUUUUGUCAACUGAAGAAAAAAAAUGUAAAGAUGAAAAUAUUGUUUUAAUCGCUUCAACUGAUCAAAUUUUAGCUUGUCUUAUGUCUUCUGUUCAAUCAAAAUAUUCAUGGCAUUUAUUAAUAAUAAAAGAAGGAAAUAAAAUCAUUAUUGAUAAAGAUGAAGAUUCAAUUGUAGAUCUAUUAACAGUUAAUGAAAAUUCCAUUGAUGCUCCAACCCAAGAUAAUGAAAAUAAAAUUAACAGUUUACAAUCAUUAGGUUUUGAAGCUAUAAAAAUUAAUCAGAGAUUUAGAAAACAAGUGUUACUAAAAAAUGAAGUAGCAGAAGAAUAUGAAAGCGCUUCUUUUAGAACAAAAACUAAUAAGCCUUCUGACUUUCUUUAUAGAUACAGAAAGAUUAAUAUACCUCCCUUAACUAAUAGUGUCUCAAAAAAAAAUUACACAUUAAUAACAAGAGGAGAAAUUCAUUCAAAGAUUAAAGGAUCUACAAAUUCAUAUAUAUAUAUAUGUGCUCUAAAUGAAUAUGAUAUUAAAAGUCAUAAAAAUUGGAGAUCUCAAAUUGAAAAUCAAAAAGGAGCACUUUUAGCAAAUGAAAUCCGUAAUAAUACAUCAAAAUUACAAAAAUUCAUUUGCCAAGCACUCUUAAGUGGUUGUGAUGAUUUAAAAUUAGGUUUUAUUUCUAGAAAAACUCUUAAUGAUGCAGAAAAUCAUCACAUAUUAUCUAUACAAUCACAUAAAACAAAAGAUUUAUCUACUCAAAUUGGUUUAAAAUAUGAAAAUAUAUGGGGCAUUAUCAGAUAUAUUAUUGAUAUUAUUUCAGAAAAACAAGACGGAAAAUAUGUUAUACUAAAAGAUCCAUUGAAACCUCUUUUGCGUUUGUAUUGCACAAAUGAUGAUGAUAAUAAUUAA